AUGGGAAGAUACUCGGUCAAAAGAUACAAGACUAAAAGAAGAACCAAAGAUUUGGACGUGAUAUUCAAUGAUUUGACAUCGCCAGCCAAAAUUCAGCAACUGCUGAACCAACCGUUGGACGAAACAAAACCGGGUCUGGGCCAGCAUUACUGCAUUCACUGCGACAAAUAUUUCGAGACCGCAUUCGCUCUCAAGACGCAUCUUAAGGGCAAAGUACAUCGCCGUAGGGUCAAAGAACUGAAAGGUGUCCCAUACACCCAGGAGGUCUCAGACGCUGCUUCUGGACUCAACCUCCAGAAGUUUUUGAACACAGUUGAACAGAUAAAUCAGCAAACCGGACCCAUCAAAGAGGCCAACGAAACCGAGCUCAAGGCCCACCUCGACACAACUUUGGCCAACGUGGCCACCACAGAACCCACGUUGCCACAUUUAGUGGAAGAGCAAGCGCAACCGGACGUCUCGAGCAACGCUGGCGAGGUACAAAUGGAGUAA